AUGGUAUCUGCCAUGACGACAGACGAGGCGGAGAGCGUUCAUAAGAAGCAAGUGUGUGAGCAGCAGCAGGAAGAGGAGGACACCGCUGCACAGGAGCCAGCCCCCACUGAAACCGCUCAGGAAAGCCCUUCCUCCACCUCGCAGCCCCGGGGCUCGGAGGAGGAACAGCAGCUCAAGCCCCGUCAGCGCACCUCCGCUGGCCGUGGUCUCUCCCGCCUCUUCUCCUCUUUCCUAAAGCGCCGCUCGCAGUGCUCGGAGGGUGAGGGGGUGGAGACGGAGAGGGCCCGUGAGAAGGACAACCAGGACGAACCCAAAGCUCCUAUAGCAGACCCUGAGCCAGAAUUGCGCAUAGAGGGCGAUGUUGCUUUAGACCAGCACUCAAUCAGCAGUGCUGAAAACCAGCAAAUCGUAGCAGAUCAGAAAGAAGACGCCGAGCUGGAGUCAGGCAAGGGAGAAAAGGGGGAGAAGGGGGAGAAGAAGGAGAAGAAGGAAAAGAAAGAAAAGAAGGAGAAGAAGGAGAAAGCAGAUAAGGAGAAGCUAGAGAAGAAGGAAAAGCCUGAGAAAAAGGAGAAAGCUGAGAAGAAAGAGAAGAAGGAGAAAAAAGAGAAGAAGGAGAAGAAAAACGAGGACAAGGCCAAAGGAGAGGAGGAUAAAGAAAAAGAGAAAGACAAGGAAAAGGAGAAGGAGAAGGAACAAGAGAAGGUGGAGGAAGAGCCCAAGCCAGAAGAUGCAGGUGCAGCAGAGACAGAAGUGAAGGAGGAAGAAGAGGAAAAAGAGGAAGAGAAAGAGGAGAAGAACACUGUGGAAGAGGAGGAGGGGAAGAAGCAGAAAGCAGCUCGCCGGCCCAGGAUCAUGCACUGCAAAGUCAAGCUGCUGGAUGAUACUCUAUUCGAGUGUGAGCUGGAAAAACACGCUAAAGGCCAAGAUCUGUUUGCAAAGGUUUGUGACCAUCUCAACCUGUUAGAGAAAGACUAUUACGGUCUGGCCAUAUGGGAGACACCAACCAUAAAGACAUGGUUGGACUUUACCAAGGAGAUCAGACGACAAGUACAAGGCACCGACUAUGAUUUCACAUUCAAUGUGAAGUUCUACCCACCUGAUCCUGCCCAGCUAUCAGAAGACAUCACCAGGUACUUCUUGUGUUUGCAGCUGCGGAAGGACAUCAAGAAUGGCCGUUUGCCCUGCUCUUUCGUGACCUUGGCACUCUUGGGCUCUUAUGCCCUGCAGUCUGAGCUGGGGGAGUACGACCCUGAGGUUCACGCCAGUGAUUAUGCCAAGGAGCUUCAGCUGAUUCCUGGACAGACCAAAGAACUGGAGGAUAAAGUCAUGGAGCUUCAUCGCACAUACAGGUCUAUGAGUCCGGCUCAGGCUGACAUGAUGUUCCUGGAAAAUGCCAAAAAAUUAGCCAUGUAUGGUGUCGAUCUCCAUCAGGCAAAGGAUCUGGAUGGAGUGGAUAUAAUGCUGGGCGUUUGCUCCAGUGGUCUGAUGGUCUAUAAAGACAAGUUGAGGAUUAAUCGAUUCCCCUGGCCAAAAGUUCUCAAAGUCUCCUACAAACGCAGCAGUUUCUUCAUAAAGAUUCGGCCAUCUGAUCUGGAACAUUACGAAAGUGCCAUUGGCUUUAAACUGCCCAACUACAAGGCUGCCAAGAAACUAUGGAAAGUCUGCGUGGAACAUCACACUUUCUUUAGAUUGACAUCAACAGAAGCGGCCACUACUCCCAGGAAGUUCCUGGCUCUGGGAUCAAAGUUCCGCUACAGCGGCCGUACUCAAGCCCAGACCCGUCAGGCCAGCUCUAUGAUCGACAGACCUGCUCCUCAUUUCCAGCGCUCCACCAGCAAGAGGGCGUCCCGCAGCUUAGAUGGAGCCAUGGUCUCGACCCCGGAUAAGAACGCCCGUCCUGUCAGCGCUCCCAUCAUGUCUCCCAUCUCCCCAGGUGAUGUGGCUUCUUCCCCAGUAGCAUCUGGCACCCGCAGUGACCGCAAAGAGACGUCCACACCAACGGGCCGCCUGCGCUCCACUGACAGAAAGAGUGAGGCGAGGGCAGAGGCCCAUGUGACAGAUGGCUCCAAAACAACCAAAGCAGAGGGCACACCUGAAAUCAAGACGGUAGUGCGGCGAGAACGGCGGCACCGUGAUGCCCCGGUGGUGACGGCCACCAAUGGGGAGAGAAAGAGUCAGUCUCCACGGGUGGACACAGAGAUGGUGCGCAUGAGGAAGAAAAGAGCAAAGAAAAUUGAGGGCGAAACUAUUUAUAUCAGACAUAGCAAUUUAAUGUUGGAGGAUGUUGAUAAGACACAGACAGAAAUCAUGCGUCAUCACACCAGUAUCAGUGAGCUCAAGCGAAGCUUCAUGGAGUCGGUGCCUGAACCACGGCCCAGUGAGUGGGACAAGCGUCUGUCCACCCACUCGCCCUUCCGCACAGCCAGCAUCAACGGCCAGAUGCAGCCAGACUCUCCUGUGGUGAAGACAAAAACUAUCACCAUUUCUGAUGUCACCAACUCCCUUCGCAGUGAAAUCGCCACCAAGGACAUCCCGAUAGUGCACACAGAGACCAAGACCAUCACCUAUGAGUCUGCACAGCCUAAUGCACUGGCAGAAAAGGAGUCUGGGAUGCUGUUGAGUGCUCAGACCAUCACCUCAGAGACUGUGAGCACCACCACCACAACCCAGAUCACCAAGACGGUGAAAGGCGGGAUCUCAGAGACCCGUAUCGAGAAGAGAAUCGUGAUCACUGGAGACACUGAGAUUGACCAUGACAAGGCUCUUGCUCAGGCUAUAAAGGAGGCGAAGGAGCAGCACCCCGACAUGUCUGUCACUAAAGUGGUGGUGCAUCAGGAAACAGAGAUUACCCCUGAGUAACUCCUGUAUAAGACACAGGGUGAAAAACUGGACCAGUCGGGUUUAUGAAUGUGAAAAAAACCAACAACGCAAGAGCCCUCAUGUCCAGCCCCUUCUCAUCAACCCAACAUAUCUACCGAGUUCCUCCACGGACAAACACUUCCUGUAGCAGCACAUGUCCCAUUCGUCUAAGGUAAACCUACAACAUCUGUCAGGUCUCAAGCAUUUCAUACUGCAAACUGAGCAUAAUCUAUUCUAAGACCAGUUCUCAUCCUGAUCCCAACACCUCACCUCGGACAGCCUUUUCCCAAAUCCUGCUUGAGUUCCACCUUUUUCAAGACAUUCCAUUAAGGACUGAACCAUGUUUCAAAGUCGUUUUCUAAAACAGUGGCAAGAGCAGCUUUUUAUCUCCAAUUCAUACAGUAUUUUUAGGGUGGAUUCCAAAGGGAUGGUUCACAUAUUAACAAAUGGGAGGCGGGAAUUUAAAGGACAAUUUUCUAAAGUGUCAAUUUGUUGUCGUUGUUUUGUUUUUAACUUAAUUUAUUCUCUUUUUUUUGAUUGGUUGAUUACAGAUCUUAUUAUGUUGUUACAUUAAUUAUUCUACAUCUCUGACAGGGUGAAGGAGUGUCUCAUAAUCUAAAACACUUGUUCAAGGGGCAGUUCACCUGAAAAAUUCUAAUUCAUUAUUUAGUGAUGCAGACAGUUUGACAGAAUGUUCAUGAUUCUUAUUUCCAUUCUUUUUCUAAAGAUUUACUAUAUGUGUACAGGAGCCAAAACAGUGUCAGGCAUUCUUCUGGUACACAUACUAAGGAGAUCUGCUGCAAGGAUCUGUUUCUGACACCUGUACUGAACUGUAAAGGGCAAGAUUGUAAUUAAAGAGGGUCGCACACCAACGGUCACAUUUUUUAUCAUUCAAAACAUUGUUUUCUAUUAGUGUAAGGACACCGGUGGCACAUUUUGGUGUCUGUCCACGGUGCCCAGCCACAACUCAGGACACAGUUUAAAUUCCUGCCACUCCACAGAGUGCCAUCUGAAGUCUUCUAUUACAUAACAUUACAGAAUGUGCUCCUCUGGUGUGCAAACGCUCAAGUUGUCAUAGACGUGGUUUGGUGCUACGCUUUCCUACAUAAGACAAGAAGAAACAGGAUGGGUGGUAUCCUGUAGCUACACACACCACACAAACACACAAUGAUAACAUAAUAGGUCUAAAUACAUUUUUGAUUCAACAUCAUGCUUUUGUGAAUAACCACCAACCAUUAACAAUCUUAAGCAUGUCAUUUUGUAAGAAAAUCAUAAAAAAAUAAAAGGGACAAUUAAUAAUUGACAAUGGAAGUCUUUGACUACCAGCAACUGUUUAAUUGACUAAAUACACUUUGUUUACCUCAUGUGGCCCAACUACAUAAGCUUUUUUGAUAUAAACUGAAAGAAUAUUUUACAAUCAGAUUAAAUCAACAAAAUUCUUCCUUGACACAACAAAGAUGGCAAAGAAAAAAAAACAAAGUUAGCAUUUAGAUAAAUUUACUGUUUAUUUAUAAAUUGACUGUUUAACAAGGCGUAGGAGGUGGCAUGAAUGCAAUGAAAUUAAUAAUAAAAAUGGCAUGAGAUUUGAAACCCUAAUCUGCCAGUAGGUGAAGUCAAGUCUUCGUCUUUGUCACUGAAUGAUUCAUUUAAUGGAGUUGUUCGAACACCUGAUUAAUUCACAAAUGUCUUUGUGAAUGGAUGACUGAAUCAUUGUCUCAUAUCAAAGCUCAAGAUUUAUUCAUAAACAAAACAUUGUAUGGAGAUGUACAACGGCUGAGCUGUUUAGAAGCAUUUUCGCAAAAACAGAGUAACAUUUGGACAACAGUGAUUCUAAAAAUGCAUCACAUCAUUUGCGUUCUGAUUUUAAGGGAUAAUAAUAAGGGUUCAUUUUAGAAACAGGGAACCUAAAAUCUGCUGGAACUUAGAUAUUACCAGUGAAACUUGGGUCGCUAAAGUAAAUGUGAGUAAGCCCUGUUAACUGUGUUUUACAGUGAAUAUAGAACAGCUUAAGUUACACUCGCGUCUAGACGCCUAAACUGUUUUGAAGUGCAGUUAUGCACGGCAGGUACAGCAUACAUACAGUUGAAGUCAGAAUUAUUAGCCCCCCUUUGAUUUAUUUAUUUUUUCUUUUUCAAAUAUUUCACAAAUUAUGUUUAACAGAGCAAGGACAUUUUCACAGAAUGUCUGAUAAUAUGUUUUUAAUUUAAAAAAAAUACAUUUUUAGUUCAAAAUUAUUAACCCCUUUAAGCAAUUUUUUUUCGAUAGUCUACAGAACAAAUCAUUGUUAUACAAUAACUUGCCUAAUUUUCCCUAACCUGCCUAGUUAACCUAAUUAACCUAGUUAAGCCUUUAAAUGUCACUUUAAGCUGUAUAGAAGUUUCUUGAAAAAUAUCUAGUCCAAUAUUAUUUACUGUCAUCAUGGCAAAGAUAAAAUAAAUCAGUUAUUAAAAAUGAGUUAUUAAAACUAUUAUGUUUAGAAAUGUGUUGAAAAAAAUCUUCUCAGUUAAACAGAAAUUGUAGAAAAAAAAUAAACAGGGGGGGCUAAUAAUUCUGACUUCAACUGUGUAUAAUAUUAAACAACUAAAUAUCUUACCUUCUAUUCUCUUCCGUCUGAACUGCUCUCUUAGACAUUUUGAAAGUUGUGCGAAAUGAUGCAACGAACUGUAUUGCGCUUGUGAGUGGCGCCUUAUUACAAUACUGAGUUCUGAUUAGUCAAGCGUUGUUGUUUAUGAGUCAUAAAUUACCAUAAAUAAAGAUUUUUAAUUUGCAUGAUAAGUUUUACAUCACACACACUGUUGUUAAUCUAAAGGGGAUGGUAAGGGGGGAUGGAUUCGAGCGUUGAGUAUAUCUGUGUUUCCUACCUGUGUCAUAUAAUAACGGUGUAUCGAGCUGUAACAAAAGAAUGUCACAUUUUGGUCGAUUAGUGUUAGGUACUUGUCUAAAACACAU